AUGCCUACGGAUGAAAAUCUCAGAAAGCGGGGUUGCAUUGUGGUCUCUGCCCGUGACCUCUGCCUAUCGCAAUCAGAAACAACACCUCAUUUGUUUCUCACGUGUAGCUUCGCGAAUAAUUUAUGGAAAUGGCUGGGGUCGAUUUUGCAUAUCCAGUUUAAUUGCAGCUUUCACUCAUUAUUUGAAAGCUUCGAUGCCAAUUGGAGUGCCUUCCUUACCAACAUUGCUACAGCCGCGGUUCUUCAUGUUUUCCAUUCCAUUUGGUUGGCAAGAAACGACAUUCGUUUCAGCAAUGCAAAGAUAACUAUGCACGCUGCACAAUCGAAAAUUUUAACGGCAAGCAAACUUAGCACAACGUUAGAUCCCGGGCUGUCAAACGUAGCAGAAAUUGCAAUUCUGCAGAAGUUCCAGCUUGCGCCCAGGCUAGUAGCUGCAUCAUCUAAUAGAUUGGUGCUUUGGCGGUCUCCACUCUUCGGAUGGAUGAAGGCAAAUACAGACGGAUCCGUUACGAAUGUCUCGGCUGCUUAUGGAGGCCUGUUUCGCGAUCACACGACAAGGUUUAGGGGCUGUUUUGCACAGAAAUUAAGUGAAAACCAUGGCCUUUCUGUCAUUCAUACGGAGAUCAUGGAAUUGAUCAUUGCUGUUGGGUUUUUGUAUGUUGGAAUUUCAAUUGCUAUAGAAAUUGCACACAACAAGAAUUGGAACUGUCUUUGGCUUGAAAGUGAUUCAAAAGUUGCACUCCUUGCCUUUAGUAAUAUAGAAAUUGUGCCAUGGGACUUGCGUAAUCGGUGGUUAAAUUGUUUAUCUUGUGGAGUCACUUUGCAAUGGUCACAUAUUUAUCGUGAGGGUAAUUCGUGCGCCGAUAAAAUUGCCAUCUUGGGGCAUGCUUAUAACAACUUGGAAUGGUGGGAGUCAUUAUCAUCUUUGCUAUGUGAUGACUUCUUGUGGGAUAUGCUUGGAAUCCCUCAGUAUCGUACUAUUUAA